AUGAAUGAUGUGGAGAUUUUUGAUAGUGUCUUUGCUUUGGAGGCAUUACUGGUAGAAAAGGAGCUGCCAAAGAAGGAAGAUAUCUACAAGGCCCCAACUUUUGAUAAUAGCUCGGAGAAAAAGAAUACUACUAGUGAUGGGCUUGUUUUGAAGCAAUUACCCGCUCAUCUUCAUUAUGCAUUUUUGGGAGAUGAAUCUACCAAACCCAUAAUUAUAUCGGCAUCAUUGAAUGGGGAAGAUGAAAAGAAGUUGUUAGAGACUUUAAAGAGUCUGGCUAUUUGUAUGCACAAGAUUCUUAUGGAGGAUCCUUAUAAGCCUUCUAUUGAACAUCAACGACGACUUAUUCCAACUAUGAAGGAAGUUGUGAGAGCGGAAGUGUUGAAACUAUUGAAUGUUGGAAUUAUUUAUGCCAUUUCGGAUAGUUCAUGGAUGAGUCCGAUUCAAGCGGUGCCAAAGAAAGAGGGGAUGACUGCGGUCACAAAUGAAAAGAAUGAGUUAAUUCCAACUCGUACUGUGAUGGGAAGGAGGGUGUGUAUUGAUUAUAGGAAGCUUAAUAAGGCAACUUGGAAAGAUCAUUUUCCCUUGCCUUUCAUUGACCAAAUGAUGCCAUUUGGUUUGUGUAAUGCACUAGCCACUUUUCAAAGUUCCAUGAUGACCAUUUUUGUUGACUUGAUGGAAAAUAUAAUGGAGGUAUUUAUGGAUGACUUUUCAAUUUUUGGUUCAUCAUUUGACUAUUGUUUGUGCAACUUUGGAAUAGUUCUUAAAAGAUAUGCGGAGACCAAUCAUGUUCUUAAUUGGGAGAAGUGUCACUUCAUGGUUAAGGAGAGGAUUGUACUUGGGAACCGAGUUUCUUCUUUGAAUUUGGAAGUGGAUAAAGCAAAAAUUUCAACUAAUGAGAACUUACCACCACCAACCAAUAAACUUAUAGCGGUUUUCAUUCUUAUUGUGCCCGAUUGGAGUGAACCUUUUGAGAAAAUAUGCGAUGCAAGUGACUUUUCCAUUGGAGCGGUUCUUGGGCAGCGAAAGGACAAUAUCUUUAGAGCUAUUUAUUAUUCAAGUCGUACUUUGAAUGAAGCUCAAGAGAAUUAUACAACUAUUGAGAAGGAGAUGUUAGCAGUGGUUUAUUCUUCUGACAAGUUCCGUCCUUAUAUUAUUGGAUCUAAGCUGAUAAUCUAUACAAAUUAUGCAACUAUUCGAUGUGUGCUGGAAGAGGAAGUAAGUGAUAUUUUGUUUCAUUGCCAUUCUUCUUCUGUGGGUGGACAUUUUGGAGGUGUGAGGACUGCUGGAAAGGUCCUUGAAAGUGGGUUUCAUUUGCCUACUUUACACCGUGAUUGUCAUGAAUACGUGAAAAGUUGUGAUCGGUGUCAAAGUGUGGGAAAUAUUUCUAGAAGACAUGAAUUACCUCUCACUAACAUCUUGGAAGUGGAAAUAUUUGAUGUAUGGGGUAUAGAUUUCAUGGGAACAUUCCCACCUUCUUUCGGUAAUUUAUACAUUCUCUUGGCAGUUGAUUAUGUGAGUAAAUGGGUAGAAGUUGCUGCAACAACUUCUAAUGAUGCUCGUGUGGUUUUUGAUGCUCUUAUGGCGACGUACAGAUUAAGACAUAAGAUGGCCCUUGCUUACCAUCCUAAAUUUAAUGGUCAAGCAGAGAUAUCUAAUCAGGAAAUCAAGCUUAUUUUGGAGAAGACGCUGCAAUCAAAUAGAAAGGAUUGGUCUAACAAGCUUGAUGACGCUUUAUGGGCAUAUAUGACGACUUUUAAGACACUUAUCGGCAUGUCUCCUUACCGGUUAGUGUUUGGGAAGGCUUGUCAUCUACCGUUUGAGCUUGGGCAUCGUGCACAAUGGGCCAUUAAAGCUGAAUCUAGACUUGAAAGCUUUGGGAGAGAAAAGACUUCUUCAACUUAA